UCGGCCAUAAAUGACCGCGGUGGGGCUCGCCUUCCCUCCCGGGAAUGCUGAGGCCGCGGUAAUCGACGCAGACUUGGGUGGUUGUGGGCCGCUAUGGUGUUUAUUAAUUAUGAAUACAGUUCAUGACCCUCUGGGAGGGUCUCAGGAAGACCGCCCCGCUGCUCCUGGAGCCUGGACGAGUCAAGACCCCCUCCGUACCUCAGUUUCCUCAUUUGCAAAACGGAAACCAGCCCUUACCUGCUUCUGACAUUCCCACAUCCCGAGUUACCAUUUGCUUUCCUAUUUAUUAUGUGUUCGUUUGUUGUUGGUUGUGUGUAGUCAUGACACGGUGUGCUGAAGCCAUCGAAAGCUGUGUGACGGUCGGAGGUCUGGGACAAGUUUAAGAAGAGAGGUGAGCUGGAGCUGAGAGGGGUUAGCAUGAGACAGGCUGCACGGGAUGGCCACCUCUUUGGAGAGUUGGCGAGGGCAUGGUCGGGGUGGAAGGCUCACCAGCCACACCUGAGGAGAUCCUGCCGUCACCCCUCGCUAAACCCCCCACGCCCCUCAUUCUCCCUUCCGUACUACAGGUGACGUCUGGAGAAGCUGACUCCCCUCCUGUCCUUAUGGAGGCACGGAGUGGUAGCACAGGAAAGUCCUUUUUAGAUUAGAUUAGUUGAGGCAGGUGGAAAAGAAAUUGAGUCUGAGAAGGUGACUGGUUCAGUUCACACGAUUUGUUCGUGGCAGAACCAAGGUUAGAAGACAGAUCUGCUGAUACCUGGGCCACUGGGUUCCCUUUCUCCCUAUUAGGUCGGAGUCAAUUUCUUAUUAAAAGAUCCUUUUAAGCAACUGUAAGCUAGCUAGAACAAACUUUUUUCCCCCCAUAAUCUUGCCUCAAACACCUUCAUGUCUUUUUCAGAGGUUUCUUGGAUUACCUGCCCUCAAGGGGAUUUAUAACAUUAGCAAAGAAAUAGGUAAACAAUAUAGCUUGAGUUCUUUUCCUACAAAGUCAGUUUUGACAAAGCCAGUGUGUUUCCUCCUUUAGAUUACUGUUGUUAAACUCAUCCUCUCAUGUUUCUAAUUUUUGUGUCACAGAACCUAAAUUGGUAAUAAAUCAAUAAGAAACAAAUGUUAACAUUCACUCAGUGAAAAGUGUCAUGUCUAAGUUCAACAUAUUUCGGAGGUGCACAUGGACACGUAAGUAUCUGGUGUGUGGAGCUGUGUAGGCAGGUGAAUUCCGGAGCUGCAAGGCUGGCCAGUUUUCUGAUUUCUUUCUUCCUUCUCCCCCAGCUCUACCUUCUCCAGGAAGAACAGAAAAUGAAGAAAUCCCAGGAACAAGUGUCAUUCAAGGAUGUGUGCGUGGACUUCUCCCAGGAAGAGUGGUAUCUACUGGACCCUGCUCAGAAGAUCCUAUACAGAGAUGUGACCCUAGAAAAUUAUAGCCACCUCAUCUCAGUAGGUUAUUGCAUUACUAAACCAGAGGUGAUUUUCAAGAUAGAGCAAGGAGAAGAGCCCUGGAUGUUAGAGGAGGGAUUCCCAAGACAGCACUACCCAGAAGACUGGAAAGUUGAUGACCUGAUAGAGAACAACCAGGAAAAUCAAGAUGAACAUUUUUGGCAACUUGUAUUCACCAACAACAAAACAUUAAAUAUAGAGAGUGGUAAUAGAGUAGGGAAAGCUUUCACUCUGGGCACUGACCCUGUUCCCUCAAGAAAUAAUUCCUAUAAAAUAUGUGAUUCAUGUGAAAUGAGUUUGAGAAAUAUUUCAGACUUAAUUAUAAAUAAGAAGAACUAUUCAGGAAAGAAGCCCGAUGAGUUCAAUAUAUGUCAGAAAUUGCUCCUUGAUAUUAGACAUGAGAAAAUUCCUACUGGAGAGAAAUCUUACAAAUAUAAUCAAAAAAGAAAUGUCCUCAAUCAUAGCAGGGGUCUCACUCAGCCAAUUUUUGACCAACCUUUUGAGUAUAAUGAAAAUGGGAAAGGCUUCCAUGAGGAGACAGCCUGUUUUAAAAAUAAGAAAUCUCAGAUAGGAGAGACUCUCUCUAAACAUAAUGAAUGUGGAAGAGCCUUCAACCCAAAUUUAAAGUUCAGUAUUUCUCAGAGAACUCAUUUGGAUAUGGAGCCAUUUGAAUGCAAUAUCUGUGGGAAGCCCUUCUAUCUGGAUUUAAGAUUUGGACACCAGAGACCUCUCACAGGAGUGAAUCCUUAUGGAUAUAAUGGAUAUGGUGAAAUCUUCUGUGACAAUUCAACUUUCAUUAUCCAUCAGGGAGCUUACUCAAGAAAGAUUCACCAUGAAUAUAAAGUAAGUGACAAAACUUGGGAAAAGUCAACCCACUUUAAACAUCAGAUAGAACACAUGGGGGGAAAACCCUAUGAGUACAGUGAAAAUGGGAAUAAUUUCAGCAAAAAAUCACAUCUCACCCAACUUCGGAGAGGUCACUCAGGAGAAAAAACCUUUGAAUGUGGUGAAUGUGGGAAAACAUUUUGGGAGAAAUCAAACCUCACUCAGCAUCAGAGAACACACACAGGAGAGAAACCCUAUGAAUGUACCGAAUGCGGGAAAUCCUUUUGCCAGAAACCACACCUUACCAACCAUCAGCGAACACAUACAGGGGAAAAACCCUAUGAAUGUAAACAGUGUGGAAAAACAUUCUGUGUGAAGUCAAACCUCACUGAACAUCAAAGAACACAUACAGGGGAAAAACCCUAUGAAUGUAAUGCAUGUGGGAAAUCCUUCUGUCACAGGUCAGCGCUAACUGUACAUCAGAGAACGCACACAGGGGAGAAACCCUUUAUAUGUAAUGAAUGUGGGAAAUCCUUCUGUGUGAAGUCAAACCUUAUUGUACAUCAAAGAACUCACACAGGAGAGAAACCGUAUAAAUGUAAUGAAUGUGGGAAAACCUUCUGUGAAAAAUCAGCUCUCACCAAACAUCAGAGAAUUCACACAAGGGUGAAAGCCCUCUCAAUGUCCUGAAUGUUCAGAAGCCUUUUCCACCUGUCAAAUUUGUUUCACAAUUUAAAAAAUGAAAUUAGAGAAACCCAAAGAACGCCACAAUUUACCAAAAAAUGACAUCUCAUUGGACUUCAGAUAACUGGUACUAGGAUAAAACCUUAUAAAUGUCUUGAAUAUGUGAAAGGUUUCAAGAAAAAUUAAAACUUUUCAUCAGAAAAUUUGUCCCAAGGGGAUAGUAUUCAUUUAAGAAAUGUGGUAAAAAUCUUUAUCUACAAUUUAUAUUGUAUAGUGUCAUGUUCCAGAUGUGAUACCAAAAUCUUACUGUAACUACAAUGGACAAUAUUCAUUUGUACCCAUAUUCACAGUGGAAUCUGACUCUUAAAAAAUGUUGAAUGACAGCAUAAUUACAGAUGAAGAAUCCCUGAUGUUUGUAGGUAUUAUGUGAGUAUGCUAAUAUAACAAAUUUGGGGUAUGUUAUUGGAGCCCAACAUGGUUGUAAGGAGAAAAUAUGAACCUUUAGCUUAGUAACUAUUAUGAUAUAAAUUAAUGUCUUCCACACUAAAUACUACCAAUCUUUAUAAUGUGUCAUAAUUAUUUAUAUAUAUAUAUAUGUUUAUGUGUGUGUAUGUAAAUAUGCACACAGUGGUGUGCUAGAAUCAGCUCAUACUGGCUUGCAAGUACUGACUUAAAUUUUUGGGAAUUUUGUGAGCUUCUUGUUAAAUGUCAUUAUUAAAGAUUAAAUCAUGUAAGCCCAUAAAUUAUAUUAAAAACAAAGGUAAUAAAUACUUAAAACUCA